AAAAAAAUCGCACCGCGACGUCGCAGAGUGAAGUUAUUCGCCAUUCGUCUCUGCGCUCUCUCAUAGUACCAAGGGUUAGGGUUUCGCUGUCCGGAAGGGUGAUUGCUCAGCAUUUUCUGUUCCCUUUAGAGGCUUUGCCGUAGAGAUGGACACCACCGCCGAUAUCCAAGCAGCAAUCAAUUCCAUCCCUGCAAAGAAGGAGGAUCUGCGUAAGGCCUUUGAGGAGCUACAAUCAUGUUCUUCGUUCCUCCCCUCGUUCACUCUGCAGUGGAAGAAUAUCGAUGACCAUUUCUCCUCCAUUGAGAAGUCCAUCGACAAGAGAUUCCAGGAAAUCAAGUCAAGGGGGCCGACAGAGAAGCCCACUGCCACUGUUUCAUCAGCGAAUGUCCAGGUAGAACACGAUAAGCCGGUGAUUGAACCUUGUCCGGAGCUGAAGUCUUUCUGUGUCAAGAUGGAGGCAAAGGGUCUGCAAGCGUACAUUAUUGGGCAUUGGACAGGCAUUGAGGCGAUACGUAGAGAACUCGGUCCCGCCCUUCUGUACUCGCCGGAUCCCGUUACGCUGGUACUAGAUGCAUACGAGGACUUAGAUGGAUCUAGCGAAAUGAUGGAAAAUGGUGUUCAGGCGAUCUGGAGGGCUUAUUUGACUAUCCUGGAGUGCUUUCAUGGAUUGAAGUUGGAAGUUAAGCCUUCCGACAAGGAGAGGGCGAGGCAGGUGGCCAAAAAGUGCGACGAUUUGAUUAAGAAUGGGAAAAAGGAUAAUGCUGUUGUGGUGAUGGUUUUUCUGCAUGUGCUUGCUGCGUUUGGAUUGUUCGAAUAUUUUGUGAUGGAUGAUGUUUUGAAUCUUCUAGUCACGGUGGCAGAUAAGCGGAACAUUGUUGAUCUAUGCAGGAAUUCUGCUCUUGAAGUAAAGAUUCCUGGUAAGAAUUGGAGGGACUUGCUCUAUUUAUUUGGCAGCGCAGCUUUAAAGUUUUGUUAACAUACUCAUUUGUUAGUGCUUUGCAACUUUCAAUUUUUCUGCUCACACUCAUAAGUGUACAAGGGACGAGUACACAAUCAUU